UGGCAGGUGCGGGGCCCCCGCGGGAGGGCGCUCCCGGAGCGCGCUCUCCUCCGCUGCCGCUUCAGCCUCGCUGCCUUCAGCUCCGCGGAGCGGCGGCGGCGGCCGGGCGGGGACCGGGGCAGCGCGGAGCUGGGGCUGCGCCUGCAGCAGAGCCUCGAGGCCGCCGUCCUCACGCAGCUCUUCCCCCGCUCCCAGAUCGACGUCUACGUGCAGGUGCUGCAGGCAGACGGAGGUCACAGCUGCGCCGGCACCACGGCGGCGGCUCUGGCGGUGCUGGACGCGGGGAUCCCGCUGCGGGACCUGGUGUGCUCGGGCUCGGCGGCGCUGGCGGAGGCCACGGCCCUGGCGGACCCCAGCGGGGCCGAGGAGGCGGCGGCGGGGCCGGGGCUGGCGCUGGGGCUGCUGCCGGCCUCGGGGCUCCUGGCGCUGCUGCAGCUCAGCUCCCCCCUGCCCCGCGAGCGCCUGGAGCCGCUGCUGGAGGCGGCCACCGCCGGGUGCCGGGCGCUGCACCGGGCCCUGCAGCGGGAGCUGCGCCAGCGCCUGCGGGAGGCGCACGGGGAUGCGUGA